AUGAUGCAGAAGAGAUCUUAUCCUUCCUCUGCCUCCCCUGAUCAUACUUUUCGGUGUAGUUACGAUGUUUUCUUGAGUUUUAGAGGUGAAGAUGUACGCAAAACAUUUGUUGACCAUCUCUAUGUUGCUCUGCAACAAAAGGGUAUUUACACCUUCAAAGACGAUGAGAAAUUAGAGAAAGGCAAGUCCAUUGGACCAGAUCUUAUCAGAGCAAUCGAAGAGUCACGCAUAGCUUUGAUCAUAUUCUCCAAAAACUAUGCUAAUUCAACAUGGUGUUUAGAUGAAGUAGUGAAGAUCAUGGAAUGCAAGAAUGUGAAAGGGCAAAUUGUGCUUCCGGUCUUCUAUGAUGUAGAUGCAUUAACAGUGAUGAAACAAAAAACCAGCUAUGGAGAAGCAUUUAGCAAUCAUGAAGGCCGUUUCAAGGAUAACAAGGUGCAAAAGUGGAGCAAAGCACUGGAGGAAGCAGCUAGUAUACCGGGCUGGGAUUUGCCAACUACCGCCAAUGCGCAUGAAGCAAGAUUCAUAGAACAAAUUGUGGAAGAUAUCAUGGCUGAAUUGGGUGGUCAGAGACAUGCAAGCAAUGCUAAAAAUCUUGUUGGAAUGGAGUCACAAAUGCAGAAAGUGUAUAAAAUGCUUGGCGUUGGGUCUGGUGGAGUUCGCUUCGUUGGAAUAUGGGGAAUGAGCGGAGUGGGAAAGACAACUCUAGCGAGACUUAUCUAUGAUAAUAAUUCAGGUCAAUUUGAGGGUGCAUGUUUUCUUCAUGAGGUUAGAGACCGUUCAGCAAAACAAGGCCUAGAGCGAUUGCAAGAGAUACUUCUUUCUGAGAUCCUUGUCAUAAAAGACCUAAGGAUCAACAAUUUAUUUGACGGAGUUAACAUGCAAAAACAUAGGCUGCGGUACAAAAAGGUUCUUCUUGUUCUUGAUGAUGUUAACCACAUAGAUCAUUUAGAUGUUUUAGCUGGAAAGCGUGAAUGGUUUGGUCCCGGAAGUAGAAUCAUCAUAACAACUAAAGACAAACACUUGCUUGUUAAGCAUGAUGUAGAAAAGAUGUACAAAAUGAGAACAUUACAUGAAGAUGAAAGUUUACAACUCUUUAAACAGUAUGCUUUCAAGAAGAACCAUCCUACCAAGAAAUUUGAGGAUCUAUCAGCUCAAGUGAUAAAGUAUACUGCUGGACUCCCCUUGGCUCUGAAAGUCCUAGGCAGUUUCUUGUAUGGAAGAGAUUUGGCAGAAUGGACAAGUGAAGUGGAACGAUUGAAACAAAUCCCGGAAGAUGAAAUUUUGAGGAAACUCGAACCAAGUUUCACUGGACUCAACAGUAACGAGCAAAAGAUAUUCUUAGACAUUGCGUGCUUCUUUACGGGGAAAAAGAAAGAUUCAGUGACUAGAAUACUUAAGAGUUUUAAUUUUAUCCCAGUUAUUGGUGUGAAAGUUCUCAUGGAGAAAUCUUUAAUUACUAUUUCAGAAGGUAGGAUUUUUAUGCACCAAUUGAUACAAGAAAUGGGCUGGCACAUUGUUCGUCGAGAAGCUUUUGAUUAUCCAAGAGAAUAUAGCAGGUUAUGGAUGUCCGAAGAUAUUUCUCACGUACUUGCAAGAAAUAUGGGCACGGAAAAGAUUGAAGGCAUAUCUCUGAACUUGACUAAGAUGUACACAGAUAUUUCUCAAGCACUUGAAAGAAAUUUGGGCACAGAUAAGAUCAAAGGGAUGUCAUUGAAAUUCACUAACGUCAAAGAAGUGAAUGUUAGUGUCACGGCCUUCAUGCAGAUGACCAGACUGAGGUUUCUCAAAAUCAAGAAUGCAUAUGUUUCUCAGGGUCCUGAUAUUCUUCCUGGUGAGUUGAACUGGCUUUCUUGGCACGGAUAUGCUUCAAAAAGUCUGCCAAUUAACUUUCAGGGAGAACGACUUGUUAGUUUGAAGUUGAAAAAUAGCCGCAUCAUACAACUUUGGAAAGGCUCCAAGGUUAUGGGAGAGCUGAAGUACAUUAACCUUAGCCAUUCACAUAAGCUAAUAAGGACUCCAGAUUUUUCGGGUACCCCUAAUCUUGAAAGGUUGAUUCUUGAAGAGUGCACAAGUUUGGUAGAAAUCAAUUUUUCUGUUGGAGAUCUGAAAAAGCUAUUGUUGCUCAAUUUGAAGAAUUGCAUCAAUUUAAAGAUCCUACCAAAGAGUAUUGUAUUGGAAAAUCUUGAGGUUCUUAUUCUAUCAGGCUGCUCAAAGCUAAAAGUAUUCCCAGAAAUAGAAGAGGAAAUGAAUCGUUUAUCGGAACUAUAUUUGGAAGCGACUGCGUUGAGUGAAGUACCCGCAUCAGUUGAGAAACUAUCAAGAGUUAAUGUGAUAAAUCUAAGCUCAUGCAAGCAUCUUGAGAGUCUUCCAAAGAGUAUUGUUAGGUUGAAAUGUCUUAAAACACUUAAUGUGUCCAAGUGCUCAAAACUCAAAAAUUUACCAGAUAAUUUGGGGUUUUUAGUAGGUUUGGAGGGGCUCCAUUGUGAUGACACACCCAUCGAAAUGAUGCCGUCCACCAUUUCCCAUCUAAAGAACCUUAAGCACUUAACUCUACGUCGAUGUAAUGCUUUGGCAUUUCAGAACGAUAUGGGUCUAGCUUUCUCUAAUUUAUCGGGUCUUUGUUCAUUGACAAUGCUGGAUAUAGGUGGCUGCAUCAUUUCAGACGGAGGCAUCCUAUGUAAUCUUGGAUUCUUACCAUCUUUGAUGGAAUUGAAUCUUGGUGGUAACACUUUUACCAAUAUCUCAGCCGCAAGCAUCAGUGGACUCACUCGACUAAAGGUCCUUCAGUUGGUUGGUUGUAGUAAGCUUGAGCAUUUCCCAGAGCUUCCUCGAGCUAUAGAAGAGGUGCAUGCGGAUGAAUGUACAUCUUUGAAGAGUAUCAAUCAAUUAGCAAAAUACCCAACACUGCGCCGACUUUCACUUAGCGAAUGUCAUCAAUUUCAUGAUGCUUCCUUGGUUGAUGCACUAUGGAGUAACAUGCUGAAGGGACUAAACGUGCUACGUAAUGAUAUCAGUAUUUGUAUCCCUGGAUCGGAGAUUCCCAAGUGGUUUACAAAUAAGAAGUUGGGGGACAAUGUUACUCUGACCCUUCCCAAUAAUUGGUACACAGAGAGCUUCUGGGGAUUUGCUUUUUGUAUUGUUUUUGAAGGUAUGGAAUGGUGCGCUCUAUAUGAUGGUUACCUACAACCAUCACAGGGAUUUUCGGUUAUGCUUAAAUUCAAAACAUUUGAUGGUAAGGAAGGCAGUACACGUAGCGUUGUUGGCAUAAAAGGAGGUGAUACUACUAUUCGGAAUUCAGAUCACACUCUCCUUGCCUGUGUACCAUCUCGUCAUUUUCUGACAGCUUACAAUCACGAGGAUUACCGUCCCAACGACUGGAUCGAAAUUGUGGCAUAUUCAACGGGACUAAGGAAAUUCGAGAACAAAGCUUGGGGGAUGCGUCUUGUGUACUUGGAAGAUAUUGUUUAAGCAUGAGCGAGUAGAGAGAUUCACUUCAAGAGAACCUUUUGGAGGAAGUAACAUACUUUAGGGACCUUGUCAGGCAUUAGUCCACUUCCGUGUAUUUUAUGAGUAAGUUCCUGUAAAAGGGAGGUUUAUGUGUAAACUGUCUUUAUUGUUAGUAAAAUUGCAUUAUUAACCAUAGUAACAAAAAAAUCCACCAAAUUCCUCAGAAAAGCCAAUACGGAAUGAUCCAUGUAUAACAGGCUCUCACAAUGACCCAAUAUAAUGGUUAUAUAGGAGUC